GCUGUAAUCAGUCGCAUGCAAUGAGUUAACAGCUGUUUGUUUCUAUUAAUUUAGUGAAAUUUGUGGCUUCAUACUUUCAUUAAAAAGUGAAUUAAAUUCUAACAUAAAAUAUAUACAAUAAUGUUCCUGCGUCAAAUAUAUAACUAUGCUAACCUGCGAACGAGCUUUCAUGCUUUGCAACGAGCAGCCUUUUCAAGUGGCAAUACGGGCACAGCCUCUGCAACUUUACUUUAUGAUCGAGAUCCACAACCACAAUUCACCGAUCCUGAAACACAAAAGCUGCUGCAGUCCAUGACACAACUACAGCUCGAAAAAAUUUUUCAGAAGACAACAGUGCCAGACAACUCGGUGGACUACAAACUCAUGACGAUGGACAUGCUUGAAGAUGAGUUUCGUAAGAGUAUUGAACGUGCGAAAAAACGUUUGCAAAUGCCCCCUGUCGUACAAAUGAAGAAGGAUGAACGGCGAAUCAUAUCCAAAGAUAGUGCGUUAAGCGGCUUCUCAGACACAAAAUAUGUUAUUACAGAUAUAACAUACGGAUUACGGCAGACAGAACGAAAAGUUGUUGUUCGUCAAACCGACGGCACGCUAGAGCACGCACCAAUGGAGAUAACUAAACGAAUGCAUCAAUUAUAUUUUCCACUUACUGGACGUAGUAUUCGUAUUCCACGUAUGUUUGAAGAUGAGCAUUUACAACGUUGUUUGGAUGAACAAAAAUAUUUAUUCAUUUUGAAUCGUAUGGUUGUGCAAUUUGACCCUUUCGAACCCGAAUUCCACACCAUUAGCAGCCGCGUAUAUCAACACAUCAACGAAACCAAGCAAUUUGAUGUAUUACGUUCUACGAGACAUUUUGGUCCAAUGACAUUCUUCUUUGCUUGGCAUCGUUGCAUUGACGAUUUGCUUUACGAUAUGGUGAGAAGGGAUUAUCUGCAAAAUGCAGCCGAACUCAUUGCACUGUUAUAUAAGUUACACGAUAUGGAACCGAAUUAUAAAAAUAUUUUGAAACAAAUUGAUGAAAUUAAGCCUAAAGAAGAUUUGGCAUUGAAGGAGCUUGAAAAGGCACUAAAACGUACAUCGAGUGACGUUAAAGAGGAUAUACAAUCGGCUAUUGGCAAAACACAAGUUGAUUUUGAACUGGAUGACUUGUGCUUACCCUUCAUAGAAGAUUACAUUAGUAAACAUGCUCUUAAGAAAGUUCAGUUGGAAUUAGCAACACAAACAAUUAAGGAAAUCAAUGCCGAGAAACGGCAGUUGUUUGAAGGUAUAAGCAAAGCGCAUGGCGUAGCCUAGUUGUAAAAUAUUUAUUAAUUUGUUGGGAUGUAUAGAUUGAGAAACGAAUAAAAGUAAAACAAAAAACGUUUAA